CUGCAAUUCAUCCUUUUAAGUUACUUUUAGCAAAUUAUUUGCCAUAGGCCAACACACAUGUAUGUUCACACAGACACACAUUACAUCAGGUGUGUGCAAGUGUGCAGUCAGGGACAUGCGGGGAGGUGGAUCUUCUCUUACCAGGAUGGAAAAGGAACAGUCACUCCCACAGACGCAUUAUUACAGAACACUGAGGGGGGUUCGUUCUCUUCACACAGUGGUGACACCUGUAACUGUCCGUACCACUCAAGAGGACCCUCAAAACAAACCCAACUUUACAGAGGUCUCGGACAUUUGCUCAAGUAGACAAGGACAUGGAGGAGAAGGACUUGCAAUCCGUUGAGUAUUUUGUGAAGAGGGAGGUUCUGGAUGAGUUAUGCCUGGAUGAAGUGGCUCAAAAAGAGACCUGGUCCACUAAACUGACACUGGGUGAUCAGGUGAAAGAGCCCCUGAGAUGUUCGGUGCCCAGGCUGAAACACAUACUUCUAACCUGGGUCCCUGUUCUCAGCUGGUUGCCUCGUUACUCCAUCAGAGAAAAUGCCUUAGGAGACCUGAUUUCUGGCUGCAGUGUCGGCAUCAUGCAUCUGCCGCAGGGCAUGGCAUAUGCUCUUCUGGCUUCCCUGCGACCAGUGUAUGGCCUUUACACCUCCCUCUUCCCAGUGCUGGUCUACUUCAUCUUCGGUACAUCGAGACACAUUUCUAUAGGUACAUUUGCUGUGAUCAGCAUCAUGGUCGGGAGUGUGACAGAAAGGCUGGCACCUGACAGUAACUUUAUUGUGAAUGGCACUAAUGGGACGGAAACUGUGGACAUCGAUAAACGCGAUGCUUACAGAGUACAGGUGGCAUGUUCCCUCACAGUCUUGACAGGAAUCUUUCAGAUUCUGUUGGGUGUGGUGAGGUUUGGCUUCGUGGUCACCUACCUCUCUGAGCCCCUCAUUCGUGGCUACACCACAGGAUCGGCAUGCCACGUGUGUGUCUCCCAGCUCAAGUACCUGUUUGGAAUCACACCGUCUCGCUUCACUGGCCCCCUCUCCCUCAUUUAUACUGUGUUGGACAUUUGCAGCCUGCUGCCGCAGACUCAGGUGCCAGAGCUGGUGGUCAGCCUGGUGGCACUCGCUGUUCUCAUUGUGGUCAAAGAAAUCAAUGACUGCUACCGACAGAAGCUGCCGUUGCCUAUUCCAAUAGAGCUCGUAGUUGUCAUAGCAGCAACAAUCAUUACACAUUUCUGUGAACUUCCUAGUAAAUACAACAUUGACGUGGUUGGAGAAAUUCCCAGUGGGCUCAAGGCCCCUCGUGCUCCAGAUACCACUUUCUUCUCAGGCGUUAUAGGAGAUGCUUUUGCUGUGGCCAUUGUGGGCUUUGCCAUCAACAUUUCUCUGAGCAAAACAUUUGGCCUCAAAUAUGGCUACAAGGUGGACAGCAACCAGGUGAGGAAAGCAUACACGCACAGUGGCCUGCACAAACAGUACAAGCAGUCCUCUGACUCUCUC